UUUAGUGGGGGGAAAACAAAAAUGGCGGAAGAGCAGGAGCUACUGCAGUUGGAGAUUCUGUGUAAGCAGUUCUAUGAGACAAACAACACGAACCUGCGAGCAGAUGCAGAGAAGGCUCUUGUUGAUUUUGCAGACUCCCCAGAUUGCUUGAGCAAAUGCCAACUUCUAUUAGAAAGAGGAAAUUCACCUCUUGCACAGCUGCUGGCUGCAACGACUUUGACAAAACUGGUGACACGCCCAAAUAUUGCAUUACCCUUAGAACAAAGGAUAGACAUCAGAAAUUAUGGCCUCAACUAUUUGGGAACAAGGCCCAAACUGGUGCACUAUGUGUUACAGGCCCUUGUACAGCUAUUUGCAAGAAUCACAAAAAUUGGAUGGUUUGACAUGAAAGAUGAAGAAUACGCAUUCAGAAAUGUAAUCACAGACGUCACAAAGUUUAUACAGAGUGGCUUCACACAACAUGUGAUGAUUGGGGUACAGCUGCUGUCCCAGUUGGUCUGCGAGAUGAACCAGGUUAGCGAAGCUGAUGCCAGCAGAUCCUUAACAAAGCACAGGAAGAUAGCAUCAUCAUUCCGUGACACUCAGCUGUUUGAGAUUUUUCAGCUGUCAUGCUCCUUGUUGCAAACAGCUGCUGGAAACAUAAAAAACAUGAAUUUCUCUGAUGACAGUCAGCAUGGUUUCAUCCAACAUUCCUUACGACUGGCACACAACUGUUUAACAUUUGACUUUAUUGGCACAUCUACCGAUGAAUCGUCGGACGAUCUGUGUACAGUGCAGAUUCCAACAUCUUGGAGGUCAGCUUUCCUGGACUUUGCCACUAUGCAGCUGUUUUUCGACCUGUAUGUGGGACUGCCGGUCACAUUAUCUCCCUUGGCACUCUCCUGUCUCGUCCAGAUCGCCUCUGUCCGACGGUCUCUGUUUAACAACACAGAACGGGCCAAGUUUCUUAAUCAAAUUGUUGUUGGUGUGAGGAAUAUCCUGGAGAAUCCCCAGGGUUUAUCUGACCCCAGUAACUAUCACGAGUUCUGUCGCCUGUUGGCUCGGCUGAAAUCCAACUACCAGCUAGGAGAGCUGGUCAAGGUAGACAACUACCCUGAGGUCAUCAAAAUGAUCGCCGAGUUUACUGUGACCAGUCUCCGGCAAAUGUGGCAGUUUGCACCAAACAGUGUUCACUACCUGUUGAGUCUGUGGCAGAGAAUGGUUGCAUCGGUACCAUAUGUGAAGGCCACGGAGCCACAUCUUCUGGAGACCUUCACACCCGAGGUUCUCAAAGCAUAUACUAUGUCACGUCUGGAGUCGGUCACCAUCGUACUUAAAGAUGGGCUGGAUGAUCCACUUGAUGACACAGGAAUGGUGAUGCAGCAAUUAGAACAGUUAUCAACCAUUGGGCGUUGUGAGUAUGAAAAGACGUGUGCACUGCUAGUUCAGCUAUUUGAUGAAGCGGCCCAGAGGUACCAGGAACUGAUCACAUCACAGACGCAGGGGGCUGAGAUUACAAUUCAGGAAGGUCGGCUUUCAUGGCUGGUCUACAUUAUCGGCUCUGUGAUAGGGGGGCGUGUGUCGUUCGCUAGCACAGAUGAACAUGACGCCAUGGAUGGAGAAUUAGCAUGCAGGGUGCUACAACUGAUGAACUUAACAGACAGCCGGAUUGCUGCUCAGGGGGGCUGUGAAAAAUUAGAUCUGGCAAUCCUCAGCUUCUUUGAACAAUUUAGAAAAAUCUAUGUUGGUGAUCAGGUCCAUAAGAUGUCAAAAGUAUACCGACGACUCUCUGAGGUGCUGGGGCUCAAUGAUGAAUCCAUGGUUUUGAGUGUAUUUGUUGGUAAAAUAAUCACAAACCUGAAGUAUUGGGCGCGGAGUGAACAGAUCAUCUCUCGGACCCUACAGCUGCUUAGUGACCUAUCCGUGGGCUACAGCAGUGUGAGGAAACUGGUCAAGCUGGAGGCGGUCCAGUUCAUGCUAAAUAACCACACAAGUGAACACUUCCCGUUCUUGGGGAUCAGUACCAACAACCGGCCGAUAUCUGACAUGCGAUGUCGUACCACAUUCUACACAGCAUUGGGGCGGUUACUGAUGGUGGACCUUGGCGAGGAUGAGGAAAAGUUUGAUAAAUUUAUGAUACCAUUGACUGCUGCGUUUGAGUCGGUCGGGAACAUGCUGGCAUGUGCAAAUACCCCGAUGAAGGCUGAGGAGGCUAAGAGCAGGUCUCAGCGGCUGCUGUUUGAUGUUUCCUCGCCGAAUGGAUACCUACUAUUUAGAGAAGUCAGCAAGAUGAUAGUCACAUAUGGAUCCCGAGUCUUGUCAUUAGGAGAUAUACCAAAGGACCGAACUUAUCCAAUGAAAUUGAAGGGAAUUUCCAUAUGUUUUUCUAUGUUAAAGGCAGCAUUGUGUGGCUCUUAUGUAAACUUUGGCGUGUUUAGACUUUAUGGAGACGAUGCACUAGAUAACGCCCUAGGCAUGUUUGUCAAACUGCUGCUGUCAAUAUCACAACGGGAUCUCAUGGACUACCCGAAGCUGAGUCAGAAUUACUACGGUCUCCUGGAAUGCCUGGCCAAUGAUCACAUGACGUUCAUCAGUAACUUGGAACCACAGGUCUUUCUCUACAUCCUCACCACCAUCUCGGAGGGGCUCACUGCACUAGACACAAUGGUUUGUACAGGAUGUUGUGCUACCCUCGACACAAUCAUCACAUACCUGUUCAAACGCCUCACGACCAAGAAGAAGAAAUCUCACCCAGGAACAGUUCCCGACAGCGAAGCUUUCUUACGCAUUCUAGAACUCCAUCCCGACAUCCUCCAGCAGAUGCUGUCAACUGUGCUAAAUAUCAUCAUGUUUGAAGACUGCCGGAACCAGUGGUCCAUGUCACGGCCGCUGUUAGGUCUCAUCUUACUGAAUGAGGAGUACUUUAACAAGUUACGAGACACUAUUAUCUCCAGCCAGCCCGGGGAUAAACAGCAGAGGAUGGUCCAGUGCUUCGAAAACUUAAUGAAUGGAAUUGAGCGGUCACUUUUGACCAAGAACAGAGAUAGGUUUACACAGAAUUUGUCGGUGUUUCGUCGUGAUGUGAAUGACUCUUUAAAAGCCCCCGGUGGCCAAAGUCCUAUUCCUUCCUCCUCUUCUUCACUAGACAUGAUGAGUUAUAGCUAAUGUUUGUUCCCUGUGGUGUGAGAGUGUUUCUAGGUGAUCUCUUAAAAUGGUCAUUCGGCCUCGGUGACUUGCGACUAGUGCUCACCAGGCCAUGGUAUGGAUGGUCAAUGUCUGGACAGCUGGACACUAAGCUAUGGUGAGGAUGGUCAUUUUAUAGUGUUCAACAUUUGUUAUGGAGUGAAUAAUCAUUGGACGCCAUGUGGGUUAUCGUCGUCUGCGCGGACGUGGAUGGUUAUUCGACAUUCGUUAUGGAGUGAAUAAUCAUUGGACGGGACUAUUGGACGCCAUAUGGAUUAUCGGCGGCGGCACAGACGUGGAUGGUUAUUCGACAUUUGUGUAGGAUGUGGUUUGUGUUCUUGUCCAGUUGUAACUGGACACCUGUAUAAAUGGGUCAUUACUCUGCCUCAGACCAUAGCAUUAAGGGCAUAUGCUACCUUACAUCUUUUUUUCAAGAGAGUUCCGUGCUUAGGAAUCUGUAAAAUACAUUUAUUAUAAAUGUUGAAUUGGAUUUAGUCAAUAAGUUAACUCAUUCACCCCUGA